CAGGUGCUGUGGGCACUCCUGACGAUGGUAUUGGCGCCUUGGAGGCUGUGGGCAGUAGAGGAUGCGGAUUGCACCUGGCAUUUUGCCUUGAACAAGUUCGAGAAGGUAGGCCAGAACAGUGUGAGCGACCGCUUGUUUCAACAAAAACCCGUGGACACAGUAGAGAGCGUGUUCAGAAGACUAGUGGACGCGCCAAUCGACCUGAACAAGAAAUACCUGGGCUUCCCUUACUACCUGAAGAUCAACUACUCCUGCGCAGGAGAGCCGUCUGAGGCCCUGGUCCGUAAGGGCCACCUGACGGGCCUAAAGCCCGUGGUGCUGGUCACCUUCCAUUCUCCAGUCAACUUCCGCCGGUGGAAGAUAGAACAGCUGCAGAUCCAGAUGGAAGCAGCUCCGUUGCGCAACAAAGAAGCCUGUGACGCAGAGGUGUGUGCCAUGAACUGGUACACACCCAUGCCCAUCAAGAAUGGCAGCGUGGUCAUGAGUGUGGAUAUCAGCAGCAAUGGCCUGGGACCUCUCAUCCCCAGAAAAAGGUUCUUCCUGAAUAUCAAUGGCUACAUCAAGAUGCAGCCAGACAACACACUCCAGUUCACGGUGGGGAAUGAGGUCAAAACACUGAAUUCCUGGUACUUUAUGACUAGUGAGUCCCGGCCCCUUUGGUACACUGUGGACCAGGCACCCGUGCUUAUCCUGGGUGGCAUUCCUGAUGCGAAGUCUAUCCUGAUGACUGACACCAACUUCGAGGACUUCUCUCUCAUAGAGCUCAGCAUUGACAGUUGCUGGGUAGCCUCCUUCUACUGCCCCCAGACCAAGUUUUCAGCCACCAUCUACGACACCAUUGCCACCGAGAGCACCCUUUUCAUUCGGCAGAACCAGCUCGUCUACUAUUUUACAGGCACUUAUCCCAUCCUCCAGGAGGUCAGCAACAGUGGCAGCUGGGUGCGUGUCCUGGCCAACGAGUGUAUCCAGAAGCUGUGCCCUGUGGAGUUCCAUAGCAAUGGCUCCGAGUAUGUGAUGGCCCUCCCCGCUGGCAAGAACGAGGGUUAUGUCUACUUUGGGACCAUUACAGAUGGCAGCGUGACCUUUGAAAUGCUGCCCAGGCAGCAGUCUGUGUGCCAAGGGGUACAAGCUUUCAACUGUGGCAUAGUAUGGGCCGUAUUCAACGGGGCCGACAACCAGAUUCUGCUGCUGGUGGAGAACCAAGUCGCAGAUGACAGGAAGCGUUAUCUGGUGGUUGGCUACAAGCUAGUCACAGAAGAGCUGUCCAUCCUCUACGAGAUCCCGGAGUUCAUCCCUAACACUCGAGGCCCGGAAUUCCUGAUGAUCCAAAGGGCAGAGUCUUACACCAACACCCCGUUGGUACCCCAGGGCAUGUCUUACAACCCAUACAACAACCUGCUGUUCAUCUGGGGCAACGUCCUCCUGCAGAGCUACGACCAUGAAAACUACAUCUAUGUGGCGGACUUUCCCAAGGAGUCAAGCAUCAAGUAUCUGGUCAACUCAUUCCGUGGGGACCUGGCUGUUGUCACAGUGAAGGAGGAGAUCUGGUACCUCCUGGAGGGCAGCUUCGACAUGUACAAGCUUUUCCCAUCUGAGGCCUGGAGUCUGCACUUCAGCCUGCAAGUGAUGUUCCGGUCAUCUCUAUACACCGCCUUCGAGACCAUGAUCACCCUCUUCUAUGAACACAACAAACUGUACCAGCUGGUGUACCUUACGGAAGGCCACAGGAACCGUCUGGUCAAGAGACUCGUGCCUGUGGAGCAGCUCCUGAUCUACCUGAAGCUGAACAACAGCUACGUCUUGAAGAAACAAGGGAAGUUCCUGGUGCCCACCAUUAACAACUACUGCCCCUUCACGGUGAUGCGCCUGCAAGACCUGCCCAACCCGCAGAGGUACACGCGCCAGGAGCGCUACCGGGCGCUGCCGCCGGGCACCUUCGAGACCUUGGGCUUCCACAAUGAGAACUCACUCGCUGUCUACCAAGGCCUCGUGUACUACCUGCUCUGGCUGCACUCCAAGUAUGACAAGCCAUAUGCAGACCCAGUGCACGACCCCACCUGGCGCUGGUGGAAGAACAAGAAACAAGACCAGAGUUACUACUUCUACCUGUCAAGCAACUGGCAGAGCUCCGGGGGCGUGUACAUUGAUAUGGACAGCUAUGGAAAGAUCUAUAACCUCAAGGCCGAGGCCGAGCUGCCUGAGCGCAUUUUCCUAGACAAGGACACCUUCUACACUUUCUCCGUCUUACUCACCACCCGGGACUGGACCGAGCCCUCAUCUGGUCUGUCAGGCACUUCCUUCAUUCAGGAGAGUCAAGUGAGCCUGGGCGUGGUGCUAGCCCACCCACACUGCAUCAAAGUGGCAGUAACAAAGAAAUCCCUUAUUAGUCGCAGUUCUGUGUCCUUCGAGGUGACACUCAGAGACAAAAGCUCGUGCUUUAACCAGGGCCUCACUGGGCAUCACCUCAAGAGGACCUCAAUGCUGGUCAAGGUGGUAGGUGCAGCUGGACAUUGUUUCCAGAACACCCACAUGGAGCCGCGCAUGGCAGGCAACCUGAUGGUGCCAGUGCUUAUCGGCUGCCCCCCGGGCAAGCGCCUGGCCUUUGACAUCACCCUGACGCUGUCCUACUACCGCCAGCAAAACAAACACUACUUCGACUGCUUGCAAGCCGACCCCGAGAUGCCCUGCUUCCUCUUCCGCAACACCUUCUACCCCUUCUUCUUGGUCCAAGAUUUGGUGACGGGAGAAUCGGGCAGAUUUCUAGGCAGCUACGUGUUUAAGGUGGUGGGCGGAGGGCCCACCCGGGACAACAUCAGGGACUACAGCGAGGAGGAAAUCUUCCGCUACAACAGCCCCUUGGACGAAACCAACAGCCUCAUUUGGACCGUGAAGAACAGGACACCCUCAAUGAGCUGGAGAGUCAAGGGGAGAAGGGUAGCCUUCGGGACCAGGAGGACCUUGGAGGACAGGGACUUCCACAUCAUCAAGUCUGACCUGAGCGUGGGCAUCGAGUGGCUGUGUCUGGAGAACUCCCCAUGCCAUGACACUGUUCCUCAGAGCAUCUUCUCCCCCGAAUUCUUCUUCAAGGUGUUGGUGAGCAAUAGAGGUGUGGACAAGAGCACAUACUGUGACUACCAACUCAUCUUCCUGCUGCACAUCCACGGAAUCCCACUCAGUGCCAAACGCUCCCUUUUCAUCCUCAUGGUGUCCAUUAGCAUAUUUGUGGGCCUGGUGGUCCUCUAUCUCCUCAUCUGCUUCCUGUGGCCCCUCAUGGUCAAGGCCUGCAGCGCCCUCCGCUGGAAGAUAAACAGCAUCCUCGCCUCUGAAUCCUACUACAGCUGCGUCUCCUCUUCAUCAGUCCUCAGCUCACCGUCCAUCAUCAGCUUCAAGAUCCCCACCAAGGACAUCUCUAACAUGGCAGAGAAGGACAAGGCUGAACCUGAGCAAACCUUGCAGAAGAAGUCCCCAACCUGA